GAGAAUCAAGCAACUUGUUCCAACGGCCAUCAUGUCGCCAAAAUAGUUUUUUUGUUGUUGUUUUGUGCGCGCGCGCGCGCGUGUGUGUGUAUGUUAUGUUUUUUUUUUUUUUUUUUUUUUGUCGGAGAAACGAAAGUAACCAGGAAGGAAGCACUGUAAACAAGUUUAAGCUUUUCACUGACCACGUUUAAGCAGAUAAACGCGUAAAAAUGGUCCUGAACAAUGUUUUGCUGUCUUUUGCCUCAGUUCUGUGGACAGACACGGUGUCUUUAAUACUGCUUCUCGUCGUCCUCUGUCUCCUGAUCUUGAACAAGCUAAGAAACAGAAACCCCAGAAACUAUCCCCCUGGACCUACACCUCUUCCCUUUGUUGGGAAUAUUUUCAAUCUGGAUGCUAAACAACCUCACAUUCACUUAGCGAAGAUGUCAGACCACUAUGGCAACAUUUACAGCUUGCGUCUGGGAAGCCUAAACACUGUUGUUGUGAAUACCUACAACAUGGUAAAGGAAGCUCUUGUUGAUCAAGCAAACAUUUUCACAGGCCGUCCAACUAAUGAUGUGCUCAAAAGAAUAAUCAAGUGCCAAGGUGUAACAUUCAAUAACGGCUACAGCUGGAAGCAACAGAGGCGUUUCGCUCUUAGUACUCUUAAAUACUUUGGUGUGGGAAAGAGGAGCUUGGAAUCCAGCAUUAUGGAAGAGUACAAAUUCUUGCACCAGGCCAUCAUGGAUACCAAUGGGGUGCCAAUCGAUGCUCAUUUCUUGAUAAACAAUGCUGUCUCCAACAUCAUCUGCUCAAUGGUUUUUGGCAGAAGGUUUGAGUACACUGACCAGAGGUUUCUGAACAUGCUCAGUCUGAUGUCUAAAGCCCUUAAACUACAAGGGUCAGUGUGGAUUCAGCUUUAUGCCGCUUUCCCUCGUGUAAUGGACCUCCUCCCAGGACCCCAUAAAGAUCUGUUUUCCUGCUUCCAGCAAGUGUGUGCUUUUAUUAAGGAAGAGGUGGACAAACAUUGUGCAGACUGGGACCCUUCCUCACCCAGAGAUUUCAUAGACUGCUACCUCACUGAGAUCCAGAAGAGGAAAGAUGAUCUGGAAGCAGGAUUUCAUGAAGAGGGCCUGCAUUAUGCCUUGCUUGAUUUGUUCGUGGCAGGAACUGAGACCACAUCUACCACUCUUCUGUGGGGCUUUGUAUACAUGAUGAAAUAUCCAGAAAUCCAAGAGAAGGUCCAGGCUGAAAUAGACAAUGUAGUUGGACGAUCACGCCGACCCAACGUUGAUGACAGACCCAGCAUGCCAUACACUGAUGCUGUUAUCCAUGAGGUCCAGAGAAUGGGCAAUGUGGUGCCCCUUAGUGUGCCAAGAAUGACAAAUGAGGACACAAUAUUGGGAGGAUAUUUCAUUCCAAAGGGUACACAGAUCAUACCUAACCUGACCUCAGUACUGUUUGAUGAAACCAAGUGGAAGUCACCACAUUCAUUUGACCCAGAAAAUUUUCUCAACACUCAAAGGGAGUUUGAAAAACCUGAAGCCUUUAUUCCUUUCUCAGCAGGGAAGCGGUCAUGUCCAGGAGAAUCGCUUGCCCAUAUGGAGCUCUUUCUUUUCUUCACAUCCCUUCUACAAUCCUUUUCUCUCUCUCCUCCAGUGGGCACUCAAACAAGUCUGGACUUUAAAUUUGGAAUGACACUUUCCCCAAAGCCAUUUAGAACAAGUUUCACUCCUCGUUGAUUGCCAUAUUAAGAGGCAAGGUACGACAGCAUUUUAGUGCCACGUUAAAAUAAAAAUGAAAAUCUUAAAAAAAAAAAAAAAAAAAAAGGUUUCAAGAAUAGUCGUAACAUUAAUACAAUAAAGUUGUAAUAUUUAAAAAAAUAAAGUUGUAACAUUACGAGAUUUAAGUCGUAAAAUCAGGAGAAUAAAGUUGUAAUUUUUAAAUCUUUUAAUAAUAUUUUUUAUUUUUUUUAUUUUAACUUGGCUUACUAAGAGGACCUGUCCAAAUGCAAAUUUUAUUGCAGUGUACAAUGUUUCUCUACAUUUAUAGAUUGAUCUCUCACUGUCUCUCUCUCUCUCUUUUUGUGUGUGUGUGCGUGUGUGUGUGUGUGUGUGUGUGUGUGUGUCAGUGUUAUGUAAAACUGAUCAAUACUUUUGUAUUUUCUCAUAUUGAUUAUUGCAAUGAUUUACUUGUUGGGGUCUCUAAAUCUACCUUAAAUAAGUUGCAGUAUGUGCAAAACUCUGCUGCUAGAAUCUUGACUAGGUCCAGGACAAGUGAUCACAUCACUCCUAUCUUGGAGUCCUCCCUGUCAAGUUUCAUGUAGACUUUAAAAUUCUCAUGUUUACCUACAAGGCUUUGCAUGGUUUGGCCCCUCAAUACUUGUCUGAAUUUUUAACCUCCUACACUCCAAUACAUGAUCUCCGCUCCUCCGAAUCUGUUUUUUUUAACUGUUCCUCCUACUCGUCUACGUUCUAUGGGUGACAGGGCCUUCUCUUCUUUUGCUCCAAAACUGUGGAACUCUUUUCCCUCUGAGGUUAGACAUGCUGAAUCUUUUAGUAUUUUUAAAUUUUCUCUUAAAACUACAUUUUUUAGGGUUGCUUUUCUGUGAUUAUUAUGUGAUUAUUAUUGUAUUCUUUUAAAUUGUUCUUUUUGUUUUUUGUAUUUCAAUGUAUUUUUAUUUUUAUCUUGUAAAGCACUUUGAGAUGCAACUUUUAAAGGCGCUAUAGAAAAUAAAGUUUUAUUAUUAUUA